ACAAUGUCUCUUUAUUGUGGAAUAGCUUACGGGAGAAAAUCUUUUUGGUGCUAUAGGCUGUUAUCAACUUAUGUCACUAAGACAAGGUAUAUGUUUGAACUAAAGGAAGAUGAUGAUGCAUGUAAAAAAGCCCAGCGUACGGGAGCAUUUUACCUCUUUCAUAGCUUGGCUCCUUUGCUUCAGAAAUCAGAGCAUGAGCAUCAGUUCCUGGCCCCCCAGCACAGUCUAUUAGAGUUGGAAAGACUCCUGGGCAAGUUUGGGCUGGACACACAAAAGAUAGAAGAUUCUGUACUGAUUGGCUGCUCUGAACGGCAUGAAGCAUGGUUUGCUCUGGAUCUAGGUCUGAAUAGUCCCUCUUCCACAAAUGCUUCCUUACAGAAACCUGAAAUGGAGACAGAGCUCAAGGGGUCUUUCACUGACUUGAGGAAGGCUGUCUUUCAGCUGAAUGAGAAGGAUGCCUCCUUGCUGUCCAUGGCACAGGCUCUUCUCCGUUGGCAUGCUGCCCAUCAGUUCUGCAGCAGAAGUGGGCAGCCUACCAAGAAGAACAUGGCUGGCAGCAAGCGUGUGUGCCCUUCCAAUAAGAUCAUCUAUUACCCACAGAUCCAGGUGAACUUGAGAGAACUGGAAGCAGCUGCCUGGUUCAGCCAUGAUGAAGUGGCUACAGCCCUGAAGAGAAAGGGCCCCUAUAUCCAACAAGAAGAUGGGACUUUCCCAUUGCGGUUGCCUCCCAAGUUGGCCAUUGCCCACCAGUUAAUUAAGGAGUGGUUGGAAAAACAGAGCUGUUCUUCUCUGCCUGCUUAG